AAAAAUAAAAUGGAGGCAGCAUACUUAACCUGUGCAAAACAACUAAAAACUUUAUUGUUACAACAUGACAAAGCUGUGACACAAGUUUUUCUUUUUGAUAUGAAGAUAUUGGCUCUAGAAAAGAAGAUUUUCACAUCAAUCUUAACAGGUAAUGACAUUAUGAAGACAAGUCAUGAAAGAAGAAAGUCUAUUAUUCUUGGUAUCAGGAUCAUGUUUGACAGAUACAAGCAACAUAAAUGGGAAAAGAUUCAAGAGUUAUCUACCCAUAUCCUUCAGAUAAUGCAACAAGAUGAUGAAGAUGACCAAACAGAGCCAUGGCUGACAACAGCCACACAAGAAAGCGACAAUACAGUGACCAUAGAAACAGAUAUGUUUUGUUCAAAUUAUCGCUCUUUUUAGAAUAUUGCCUUAGAUGAUGCUCUCAUUUUAGU